CCUAGUUUUUGGGAUUGAAUGUCCGAAGGAAAUUCAAAAUGGGAAAGAAUGGUUGAAAUCUCAUGUUCCUUCUCGAUCUUCGAUCUCCACAGUAUGACCUGCAAGAGAAGAAAUAACGGACGCAACAAGCACGGCCGUGGCCACAACAAGUUUAUUCGUUGUAUCAACUGUUACCGCUGCUGUCCCAAGGACAAGGCCAUCAAGCGAUUCACCAUCCGCAACAUGGUCGAAGCCGCUGCUGUACGUGAUCUUCAAGAAGCCUCCAUCUAUGAAGAAUACGCUAUUCCCAAGUUAUACGUCAAGUUGCACUACUGUAUCUCUUGCGCUAUCCAUGCUCGUGUUGUCCGUGUGCGUUCCGUUGUCAGUCGUCGCAACCGUGCUCCUCCUCCACGAUUCCGAUUCCAAAAGACUGCUAACAAGGCUUAAAUGGUUGUUUCUUAGUUUGGAAUGGCUAUGCGUGGUUGUAUAGUUAGUUAGUUCAUUGUAGCUAGUUAAUCUUUGUUUUUAUAUAAUACAUUCUCUCUUACAUUUUGUCUUUGUAUACAUAAAACAAAAGGAAGGAUUUGGCAACGAAC